AAUGUGAUAUACAUUUUUCAAUAAUUUAAUUAACAAUUAUAGUUUUAUUUUCAUUUAAUAAUGGUGGGAAAUUUGUAUUCCUAAUUGUUGCGGAAAGGAAAAAUUGGUUAGAAACAGAAGUGCCAUUGUGUUCAACAGCGAACAAUCAGUUGAAAUAGAAAUGAAACAAAUAAAAUAUGUCACUUGGUUUAUUUUAUUUUUAAUUGGAAAUUACUGCGAGGGAUCCUUGGACUUUCUUGGAAGGGACAAUAAUGAUGCCGAUUUAAAUACCGCGGAAUUGAUAAAGAAAGCAGGAUAUCCGGCGGAGGCGCACGUUGUCAUUACAGAAGAUGGAUAUUUAUUAACAAUUCACAGAAUUCCUGCUCCUGAGGGUUCAACUCCCGUUUUCCUUCAGCAUGGAUUUCUUGGAAGUUCCGCCGAUUGGGUUCUCACUGGAAAAGGAAAAUCUUUGGCUUUUAUUCUUGCCGACUUGGGUUAUGAUAUUUGGUUGGGAAAUUUUCGUGGAAACACUUAUUCAAGAUCACACACUUCUAUUCCAUCGACAGAUUCGAAAUUCUGGAAUUUCAGUUUUCACGAGAUGGGCGUCAGAGAUUUACCGGCUAUGAUAAAUUAUGUGACAAAUUACAAGAAGGAUAGUUUAAUGUACAUUGGCCAUUCGAUGGGAACAACUACUUUUUACAUAAUGUCUUCGGAGAAACCGGAAAUGACUUCAAAAAUUCGUAUAAUGUUUAGUCUUGCCCCAGUCGCUUUUAUGAAUCACUUAAAGAGUCCGAUUAGAAUUUUCGCACCAUUCGCCAAUAAUAUUAAGUUAAUAGCCCACUUUUUUGGAGCGGACGAAUUUCUUCCGCAAAAUGGAAUUUUGAAAUUCCUCGCAAAAUUUGGCUGUGAAAUUGACACAUUCGAAGAGGAAAUUUGUACGAAUUCUUUAUUCGCGUUCUCUGGUUUUGAUGCAAGUCAAUUUAAUAUAACUCUUCUGCCGAUAAUUUUGGGACACACUCCAGCUGGAUCGUCAACAAAAACAUUGAUUCAUUAUGCGCAGGAAAUAAAUUCUGGCAAAUUUCAACAGUACGAUUACGAGUCGAGAAACAUAGAGAUUUAUAAUAAUACCAAACCACCGGAAUACGAUUUAUCAAAAAUAAAAAUUCCUGUGGUUUUUUUCUACGCCGAUAAUGAUUGGCUUGCGAGUAAAACGGAUGUGCAGAGACUAAAAUUAAAAUUACCAAAGCUCUUGGGAACUUACGAGGUAAAUUAUCCGAAAUUCAAUCAUUUGGAUUUCCUCUGGGCCAUUGACGCGCCGAAACUUGUUUACGACAAAUUGAAAAGUAUUAUGGAGAAAUACAAAAAUAGACCGCGAAAGAACAAAGAAUAUCAGUUAGCACGGAUUAGAACCAAUUUCCCCGAUUGUCGAUAACUUUUUUACCGACCGUGAGCUUCGAGAAACUACCGCUUGGAGCGCACUUGACGCUUUUCACACGAGCGAAAUUUAUAAAGGCUCAGUUUCACUCA